AUGACAAGACCAACCCCCAAGAUCUCUUCACCAAAGCCACCCCUCAACGAGAUUCUAAUACACUACAUCUAUGGGAGUAACCGAAUAGAGCAUGCCGGGCUUGGCCAAGAGGCGACAUUUUACCUCUGCCGAAGGAUGCUCAACCAGGAUCCACUCCUGCGCCAAGGCCGAGAAGUCGUUCAGCACCUACAAGCUUUUGAGUACCUCGAUCGUCACUUUGGAGUCGACGGCCAAGACCUCACCGAAGACCUCAUAAAACAGGCCCACGCAAUCCUCUGUAACGGGGUGCCAAUCAUUGAUGAAGAGCUGCCAGAGGUUCCCUCAGAGCAGUACGCGGGCCGAUACCGCAACGUCGCUGUGGGCGCCGGCUCAACCAUGUUCGUCAUGCCCAAGUACGUCCCACAGCGGAUGAAAGAGCUCUACAAUGACCUCAAAGAAGAGAUAAAAAGCAUAGAUGCCCAUGGCUGCCUCGACCCUUUCUCCCUUGCUGCGAAAUACUCACUGCGGUUCGUGGAUAUCCAUCCCUUUCAGGAUGGCAACGGGCGGAUGUGCAGAAUUAUCCUCAACGUGAUACUGCGUCGCUAUCUUGGCAUUGUCGUGGCAAUUGGAGAGACCGAUGAAGAUGUCAGAGAGUACAUUGGGAUCAAGAAGAGAGCUUCAAUGGAAAUGGAAGGGCAUGGGGAGUAUGCGACGUUUGUGUUGAGGAGGGGGACAAAGACGAUACAGAAGCUGAAGCAAAAGGUGCAUGGGAAGAAGGCUUAA